CCGCCUUGGACAAACCUCGCCCCCUCCUCUCAAAGGUCUUUGAGUUCCUGCGACUUCAUCUUAUUAUUUUAUUUUCCCCCUUUUCAACCAAUGAGUGGUGAUUAUGAUUUAGAUUCGUUAUCAUUAAAGCCCCUUAAUUAUAGUAAUGCAAAACUUACCCUAGUUUAACAAAGCUUUUUUUUGUACCAGGAGAAUAUACUGCCGGAAAGAGCCAUGUUCAAGCUCCUCAAUACCUUCAGUAGAUUAAAUAUUUGUUCAAAUGCAGCACCUGCGCGAUCAAUUGCAACGGACAGUUCACUUUGGAUUCAAGCGUCAUCAGUUCUCUAUGGUGAACCAUUGAAGAAGAAAAAGAAGAUAGAUCCUGCCAUUGUGAGAGCCAGAGAAGACCGAAAGAAGAAGAAAAUUGAAAGAGCAAUUAAAAAAUUAAAGAGACAGGCCAAUCGACCGAAACCUGUUGAUGAGAUAGAGGUGCCGUAUGAACUAGUCGAUCAAAAAGAGCUAAGAGAACGACCUGCAGCUCAAUGGUCAGAAGAAGAAUUACUUGAGAAGCACAUAUUACUUAAGAAGUGGACUUUGUACAAGCAACAGCGUCGCCUGGAAGAUUUGCAGUUAAUUGACCGAAUGGUUUAUUCACAACAGAGGGCUUUAGAUGAGCUGAAACUGGCAUCUCCACGUCUAUAUGAAGCAGCAAUACAGAUUGACCCCGAACUGUUACCAUAUUCCACUGAAGGACCUGUGUACACUCCGCCAGUGAAAGAUUAUGACAGUCCAGACGGUGAAUAUUUGGAUGUAUCAAAAAAGUGGGAGUAAUUUGUGAAAGAAGUAAAUGAUUUUUCCGUUACUUGCAAAUCGAAAAGAUAAUUCUUUGUAUAGUGAAAGCUGUGAAUUGAAUUUGAAGUGUAUUCAUGCAGCUCAUAUUUCUUGACUUAAUACUAGUCUCAUCAAAUGGCAGAUUUUGCGACAACUAGUGCAACACUUUUCACAUGAGAUCAGGAGAUCGUUAUUUACUCCUCUUUCCUACAAUUACUAGUUAACAGCUGUUUUUCAUGUUUUUUAAAAAUAUAGUGCUACCCAAAGAA